GAUUCUGAGCAGCUCCACAAAGAGGAAAAUAAAUAGAUUAUUUCGUCAAGCUAAGCUAAGCGUGCUUAAAAAUAUUAAAUUAAGGAGCAAAAUUUAUUUGGUGGUUUCUUUAUUUAUUUGUAACGGGGCGUGACUUGCCCGAGCAAACGCACGAACACAAGACGCGUUCCCUUGCAGUCAACCGGCGGAUGACUCGGGUAGCGGUGAUGUUGAGGCGGUGUGGAAGACGUUUUUGUGUAGGUAAGAGAGAAAUGUAUUAUUCGAUAAAGAGAUGAAAUUGUAUCGAGUAAUACAAAUUCAGGUUUUUAUUAUUAUUUCAUUAUUGUUGCUCGUUUAUGGUUGCUAAACGAGCAACAAUCAAAUUCAAAGCUGCCUUCUAGUUGCUGAAACUGGAGCUUAAGUCACCUUUCAGUUGAGUUGAGCACAUUUAAUUCAAAUCAAAUUUAAUUCAAAAAAAUAUUGAUCCCAAAGGGAAAUUAAAUGUUGCUGCAAAUCAUUUAAUGAAAUAGUUAUUGUAGAUGGUAAUGGCUGUGGGCAAAGAAGAUCUCCUGUAACAGUCUGUAUUGGAACAGAUUUGAAGAAGCCUCUGACUGAAGACACUAUUUUUUUCCAAUGAAAAACAGCCUCAGAGUCAGAAAACCAGUGAAUUGUUGUGGUCUUAAUUACUAGUUGCCAUACAUAGUUCCCUCUUUUUUAUCAAAACCAGAAAGGAAGGAAUAUGAUCACUAAAAUACUUUGAACUGAACUAUGUGCCACUGGUUUAAUAUCCUAGAGAACAACAGAAGUGCCAAUAGUUACACAUACAAUUUAGCAACAUGUGAUGAUACUAUGGAAAUAUGUAAAGAACCGUAUCCAAUUCUGCUGCAGAGUCUGCUGUUGAAUCAAGACAGUGCGGCUAACAACUUGCAGCCUAAUAACAUUGUUAUUAUUGUUGUUGUCAGAAUAUUGUGCCACACAAUAUCAUUCCUUUUAGCUUGGCAAAACUUAAGAAAGAACUUCCAGGGGCAGGGAGCCCGGAUAUUUUGGAACCCCACGGAUUUUUCUUUUCUUUUUUUUUCUUUUAUGAAUGCAUAUUUUGCAACAAUUAAUUACUUUAUCUAUAACUCAUAGGCCCAUAUCAGGCGAGUUGUAUUAAUAUUUGGGGAUUUUCAUGACUGUAAACAAUACUCAAGGAACUGAAAACUGUGAAGGUGUAGCUUAUUCUUUGGAGAACAACACCAAGCAACUGAUUGGAUGACAUAUACAUUUUUUUAUUUUUUUAAUAGUUAUUGUUAUGAUCUGUUUUGGAAAGCGUGUGGACGGGCGGGUGUAGCGUUACUGUGUAGUCACGGGGAUUGGAUCCCUUUUUAGUGCUUAUUGUCUGCCUCAUGCUUGUUUUGUUGUCAUAGCAACGAUUGAUGUUGCAUGUCAAGCUGCUACAGAUUCUAUAGAGAAAGUUGGAAUAAGAAUUUUUCUUCUCUUUUUUGAAUAGGGAACCAAAACCAGCUGCAGUCCAGAGGAUCACAUCCUUGCCUGUUUGCUUCCUGCUUCCAGUCAAGCAGGGUUUAGGAAGGAAACGAGAUAAACGUGUAUCCUUUAUCCUCCGAGCUCAGGAAAGGUCAAAUAAAUAAAUAAAUAAAUAAAAUGUAGGAAAAUUUUAAAUUGAUAUAUAUUUGCAUUUUUUCCACUAUGCUGCAUAUUGUUGCCUUUCUAACGCAAUGGCCAAAGUGAACGUGAAAGUCUUUUUUUAAAUCAUCUCUUGGCAAAAAAGAGGUAGUGACUUUUUUUUAUUUAUGCAAAAAGCAUUUUGGCAACACAAAAAAUGAAAUAGACAUAGGCCAUUAUUUUUAGGAACAUGACUAUAUUUAAUAAAUCAUCUAAAGCAGGGGUGUCCAAACUUGUUUUCACCGAGGGCUAAAGUCCCCGAGUUGAGAGUCCUCUGGGGCCAAAAUUUGCUGCUUCUUCUUUUUUUUUCUUUUUUUUUUUUACAAUCGAUGACGCAUAAAUAUUAUUAUGACUUUUUUCUCCUUUACCUGCACAACAAUACAUUAAACAAGUAAUAUUUUUUAAUAAAACCAAGAGUAGUCUGACAUUUCCCUGAAUGUUUACAGUUAUGUAACUUUUUUGGCGCUUAUUUUUUUUCUAUUUGGUCUAUAAAAUGAUUUUAGCUCGUUUCUAGCCAUAGAAAAGGAGCAACAACAAAAAGAUAGCAAAAAAAAUAAAUUAAUUAAAGUUUUUACAUUUCUCAUUUAGGGCAUAAACUUGCCAUGGAAAUCUCCACCUGAAACAAUUUACAAAAAGUAUCCAUCUUGCGUGUAUUUUUGUGUGUUGAUUCCUGAUAACAUUAGUGGUUGUCAGUUGCUAUGGGCAACGAGUCUGCUUGUAGCCUGGCCGACACCGAGAGCGAGAGAAAAAAAAAGAAGAUUAUGAGUGGUUUUUAGUUAUUCUUCAAAGGUUUUUCUGCAUUAUUUUUCCCCUCUGCUGUGGCGCAUUGUACUAAACAUAAUAAUACCUAUAUCUCCAGGUUCCUUUUUGUUAACAGAACUAUGUAAAAGAGCAGUCUUUUCGCCCUCCAGCGUUGUGCGCAGGCGCGAAAUUUCCGGACGUAAACAAUAACAACACGGCAACGGGUCUAUUCUCGCAUGUCGGACCGCCUCCGGGUGGGGCGGUCCGACAUGAAUAGACCCGUUGCGCUGUCUGACACCACGCCUACCCAGAGCGCCGCUCUGCCUCGCCGGAUGACAAUUGAUGCGCACCCACACUAACACACAGAGGAAUAACUUUACAGUAGCGACCGGGGCGCUCCACAGACCGCUGCGCCGCCGACUCUUGUGAAAACAAGCUCCCAGCCCCCCUCUCGGCGAAAGGAAAUGAAGAGGAGGCUCCACAAGAAGUACUUGGUUUUGAUUCUGGCAUAUACAGGCUUACUUCUGCUUAUCCCCUACGUGUUAGAUAACCGGGAUAAAUCCGCCCAGAAUGCCAAACUGCCGCAGCAACAGCCCAGAUGCCCCGACCUGGAGAAGACGGUGGCGCUCCUCUGGGAUAACGGGUUCAAAGCCAACGGCAGCGACGCGGCGGAGAACCCGGCGCCGACGAACAGGACCCAGACCCGGACGCACAUCUACCUGCACGCCACCUGGAGGACCGGCUCGUCGUUUCUGGGGGAGCUGUUCAACCAGCACCCGGACGUUUUCUACCUGUACGAGCCCAUGUGGCACAUCUGGCAGGCGCUGUACCCCGGCGACGCGGGCAGCCUGCAGGGCGCGGUGCGCGACAUGAUGAACGCCCUGUACCGCUGCGACUUCUCCGUCCUCAAACUUUACGCCGGCUCGCAGAACAUCACCACGGCGUUCAUCUUCGGCUGGAAGAUGAACAAGGUGAUCUGCUCGGAGCCGCUGUGCGACGCGCACCGGCGCCACGAAAUCGGGCUGGUGCGGGAGGACCAGUGCGCCAAGUGCCAGAAGCGGGACCUGCGGGAGCUGGAGAAGGAGUGCAAGAAGUACCCGGUGAUGGUGAUCAAGGGGGUGCGCGUUCUGGACCUGAGCACCCUGGUCCCGCUGAUGAGAGACCCGGCGAUCAACCUGCAGAUCAUCCAGCUCUUCAGGGACCCGCGGGCCGUGCACAACUCGCGGCUCAAGACCAAGCAGGCCCUGGUGAAGGAGAGCAUCCAGGUGCUGCGCAGCAAGAAGCAGAGCGACAAGUACAAGCGGCUGCUGGUGCCCAGCAACAGGAUGAACCGGGCGGAGAGCUACGUGGCGAGCGCCAUGGAGCUGAUCUGCGACAACUGGCUGAGCGACGUGAUGCUGGUGAUGAACGCUCCCCCCUGGGUGAGGAGGAACUACCUGCGCCUUCGCUACGAGGACCUGGUGCUGCGCCCCUUGGAGGAGCUGCAGCGGCUCUUCCGCUUCUCCAACCUCUCCAGCUUCCCGGCGCUGGAGAGGUUCGCGCUGAACAUGACGCACGGCCAGGGCUACUCGUCGGACAAGCCCUUCCUCAUAUCGUCCAGGGACGCGAAGGAGGCGAUCUACGCGUGGCGGGAGCGGCUGAACGUGGAGCAGAUCGGCCAGGUGGAGGCCUACUGCAGCGAAGUGAUGAGGCAGCUGGGCUACGAGAGGAACACCGCGGUGGAGAAAAGCACAUGAGGAUCGGAAAGCAGCGUGUGAGUGGUCCUCCUAAUCAAGGCUGAGGGGCAGAAGGUGGAAUAACAAAACAGGCUGCAGGAAUGCAGUCCGCUAGGAGCUCUCAAGCGUGCCUCUUGGGUUGUUUUUAUCCUCACCCGAGCUGGGUCGAUGAACUGGAGAAAUGGUGAUACUGAAAAGACGAGGAGGAGGAGGUUGUGUGUGUAUGUGUGUGUGUGAGAGUGGGGGUGGUUGGGGGGAGAGAGAAACAGCAGCCAAUCGGACUCAGUUGGAUUUGAAACGAGGAGAAGGAAGCUUAUUUUCUCACCGCGCUGCCUGUUCGACACCAGGAGGGUCCCGUGGAGACGCGGAGGAGUUGGGAGGGGGGGUAAAACAAGAGACGGGGGCUGGUUUGUGCUGCCAUUUCUCUGGCCGACCUCUGUCCUUUUUAGAAGCACUAAUCCCUCCUCAAAUCCUGUUCAAACCGGGGCCAUAAAAAAACCCUGAGAUGGGGGGGGCCUUCCUCGGGACAUGGAUCCAGGGUGGCAGCGUUAAGUUCGGCCUUACUGCAGCGACUUCUCCGUCCGGCCUGUGACUAAGCACAACAGCAAACCCCAGCAUUACUGACUUACCGAUAUUAAACAGAGACCUGCUCACUAAAAGUGCUGAAAGAAGAAACUACAGCAUUUUUCUGGGGUGGGGGAAAAAACCCAAAAACCCCUCUGACUGAGAAGGUAUUGUUCCGCCCCUGGCCCCUCUCAGGAAUCCGGACAGCUGCAACAGCCUCUUUGACAAAUCUCUCAUGUGGGUGUGAAAUUUUCUGAUCAACCGCAGAAUUCCUGAAGACCUGCUUCUGUCCUCCGACCGGUGGACCUCUUUGUUUCCUUUAAUCGGCAACGGUCCACAGCGUCCUCCGAUCCGGUGACGUCCCCGUGGUCAAGGAGGCGUUUCUGGGGGUUCAACACCGUCGACACGUUCGAUUUCAGAAGUCGGUUCUGUUAGAAUUACUCUUACUUGAAUACUUGUGGAAAUGUGAACAAAAGAAGGACCUUCGAGCUAUUUAAAUUCAGUGAAAGUUUGCUACUGCUUGUAUUAAUUCUGUAGUCAUGGUUUCCAGAUUCAUACGGUUGAUUAUUGACCAGUAAGAACCCUCUUUGUUACAUCAGCUGGGUUUUGUCCAAAACACUUGUACUGAAAAGUACAAUUGGAACGUGGCUUCAGCAACAAAACACGUGACUCGUAAAUGGGACAUUCUUCAAUAACAGCUGAUCAUCAUGUAUAAUGCUUUGCAAAAGUAGUCAAACGUUCUUUGUAGGGAUUUUUUUUUUCUUCCAGCAGACCCAAUGCAAAGUGGGGCAUAAUUGUGAAGAAUUAUAUUCUUCUUUUUUUUUUAAACAAAGAAAUCUACAUUCAAAUCAACUUUGGCCAGUCUUCCCGUCCAAUCAUCUCCAUCACGUGAUGCAGCCACCACCAUGUUUCACUCCAUGUUUCAUUACCCUGAGUUCAGGGUUACGGGUUGGGUUAGCUUUCUGAAUGUAGGCCCAAAAAAAAGACAUGUUGGUGUCUGAGCAGCAAAUGGUAAACGGAUUGUACUUGUAUAGCACUUUAUAGCACUUGUACAUUCAGUAGUGUGAAAUGAAUUCAUCUAUUCAUUCGCAUGCUGAUGGUGGCAACCUACUGGGUUGUAGCUACCGUUGCCUCAUCUGACAGAGGCGAGGCUUCAAUGUGCUGGCCCCAACCGGGCCCUCUGACCGCCACCGGCAGGCAAGGCAAGGCGGGUGAAGUGUCUCGCCCAAAGACACAACAACCAAGAUGAUGGGCGGAGCCAGACUCGAACCUGAAAUGAUGAUAGCUAUUAAAUACAGAAAAUGCUGGUUAAUUUUUUAUUUUUUUUACGGUGUAAUUUUGGAACCCCCUCUAGCGCAGCAUCCCUAUGUGGCGCAUACCCAACCGUCGCCAACGUCUUCCCAAUGUACCUUGAUGUUUGUUCACUACUGUUCUCUUAAUCCUCUGCCAUCCAGAUGUAAUCAGCCACUCUGAGUCGAUACUUUAUAGAUGCACCUUUCACCUUUUUUGGGGAGUACAUCUCUCCCAACUUCACACAUCUGAUUGACUGAAAUUUUUCUAUCCACUGCGAAAAAGCUGACAUUCUCAGUCAGAUUAGACAAAGGAUAUCUGCCAAUGCAGAUUUUCAAGUCUUGCCACGGAUCCUCGAUUUAGACGAUACGAUUUAAAACCCAAUCGGCUGUAGCUUUAGCUGUGUUUUCAAGGUCAUUUUCGUGCAAGAAAACAGGUUUUCUUCCAGUAUUGCCUUGUUUUAGCUCUAUUCACAUCCACAUCAAUCCCUGUCUGUCCCCACUCAAGAAAUGAUUCUACCUCUGUAAUGUUGCUCCCAUAUGAUCACAGCAAUCUUUUUUCUUUUUUUCUUCGCAGGCUUGAAUCAUGUUUCGCAUGAAUACUUUUGCAAAGCAUUUUAUAUGUAUGUAUAUAUUGACGUACUAGUUCAUAAAGUAAGCAUUAGGUGCCAGUUUAAGGCCAUUACAGUCAUCACUAAGCACAUUUACAACAGAUUUGGUUAUCAUUUGUUAUUAUUAUAAUAUCACUAUAACUUAACAUUCUACUAUGUGACUGAUGUAUUUAUUUUUUAUUUUUUUGGAAUUAUAAUGUCUAAACUCAAGGUGAGUUAGUGAGGAAGAUCACAUUUCAGCUCCACUCUGGUGCAUUUUAUUAAAGCUGCGGUGUGUAAUUUUUAUUAAAAUUUUUUUUAACAUAUUUAUUGAAACCGUCACCAUGUCGUGACAGUAUGGUAUGAGACAGAUAAUCUGUGAAAAGAUCGAGCACCUCCGCCUUCUCCCAGUGCUAACUUCUCCUGUAACAGUAAGCACAUUUAACAGCAUUGAUCAACAGCGCUAAGACCCUCCUCCUGGCUCUGAUUGGUUGUUUUGGGUCGGGAGCGGGUGCGUUUCUUCCGCUAGCAAUCGUAGCUCUGCUGUGAGGCGGAGCAGAUUGAUCUUUUCACAGGUUUUCUGUCUCGUGUCAUUCUCGCAAACAAAUAUGUAGCACCAAAGUUACAUGCUGCAGCUUUAGAUCCUUAAUUUAAAAGGCUUUCUGAGGUAAGUGGAGCACACCACUGGGGAACCCAGAGCUUCAAGGUUUUUAUUAACAUGUUGACAUGCAGACCAUGGCACACAGAACCCGUCAGCCAGCCGCCGCUGGAAACGACAGGUGCACAUAUUGACACUUUGGCUACAUCUCGUAUUUCUCAGGUGCAGAGAGGGUUUAAAUAUAGCCGACAGGACAACUGACAGCACAGCAGUGUGGAGGGCGGGAAGUGCACAUGAAAGAUUAGCGAAGAGUCCAACAGGCGUCCUCCGCUUGCCGUGCUGCGUGACUCUCUGGGGUUUGCUGGUCUGUGAAGUACUCCCUCUUGUCUUUUGGGGGGGGGGGGACAACACUACAUCAUGUCUCAAUCCAUGCAAGUUCCUGUUCUGUGAAUUGUCUUUCGAAUAAAGGAGAGACCGAAAGGGACAUUUUCAACACAAAGCGAAA